AUUCAAGCCAUCUCCCACCAUUGAAGCCAACAUACACAAUGAAGGUUACCAUUCUCCUCUCCGCCCUCGCUGGACUGGCUUCCGCGGCCCCUUCAGCACUUGCUGGUGCCUAUUAUGAGCAGUGGUGGGAUGAGGGUUGCAACGGCCGAGCUUUACUGGGAGGCUCCCUGACCCAGGGAUACUGUACCAUCUUUGAGGAUUUUCCCGGCAAAAGCAUCAAGGUUACGCAGACAAACCCAUGCCCUGUCGGCACAUCGCUACAAAUUACUAUUUCCUCCACGAAUGACUGCAACAAUGAUCAGCCUGACUGGACGUUUGCCGCGACGAGCGAAUGCAUUAAUGUCUCGAUUCAACCAUCUGCAGUGCACCUUAACUGCGUUUAAUGGGUGAAGAGAAGACCUAAAAUGGUGUUGGGCUUUGGUGACUUGUCCUCAUAGGUAGAAUAAACACAAUAUUCAAUUGGCUUAGUUUUAACAACUAGAUUGACGAGUACAUGAUGGUUCUCUACCCUGAUUACUGCGAAGGCUAUUAUAAAUACCUACAAACCGAUGGUCUUUUGAGACAUCC